AUGGGUUCCUCAUGGCGAGAAGGCUCCGAAAAGAAAACACGGAAACUGGAAAACGAAAAUUCUGCCGAGACACUGCCUUUAAUUCUCGAAAGAGAAGCGAGUCUAGUGAUCAAGGAUGACUACAAUCCAAAGAUGGAAGAGCAUCGUACGAACUGUAACAUUGUACUGGUUUUCAUAUCUUGGCUUCUAUUUAUCUUCACUAUAUUACUACCAUUCUUCUGGCAUCCGUUGCCAAAGAGAUUUCUUCGUAGAGGGACAACUAUCUCGACAGGGAUUCUAAUCCUAUUAGGGAAGGAACGUAAGGUAUCAGCACUCAUUGUGCAAGAAAUGGUCUUUGUCGGAGAGAUAUCGUAUGCUCUUUAUCUCAUUCAUUGGCCCGUAUUCGUUAUAAGAAUACUAUUAUCCCAAGGACCCACUAAAUCCCUAUGUCGGAGUGACAGUUUCCUUUCUUCUCGCCAUGCUGGUGUAUCGGUUUUACGGAAAAAAAUAUUUGCAAUGAAUAUUAUCAUAAAUCGGAAUAUUGAUUACAACAAGAUCAAAAUCGAAGACGCCGCUUGGAAUCUAACUUUGAUGCGUCAACUCAAUGCUGCGGAAGCUGCAGAUGCACAACAUAUGUGGCAUAAGGAAUGCAAAUACAGCAGGAGGUUUGCAAACAUAACACCUCCAGCUGGAUUUUGUGAAAUGAAGAAUGGAAAUGGCAGAAUAGACAUGCUGGUCGCUGGAAAUAGCUUUGCCUGCAACCAAGGCGAUGUCAUUUACAAGGCAUUCAAACGGUAUGCAAGGCAGUUCAACAUAUUUUGUUUGCCAAGAUAUGAAAUGUUUUAUCCCAAUUGUCCAAUUCCCUUCAACUUUACUCAUAUAGUGAAAGAACUGAAGCCUGAAGUCGUAUUCGUGAUAGAUAGAGCUGUCAUCACGAAAGCUCCGCUCAAUGUGUCAGAACCAAUCGAUGAUGACAGAGUCUUCGGUCUUUUCAUGAAAACACUGAAACUCCUCGAAAAAACAACUAGAAAAGUCUACAUCUUACAAGCAUUACCAAGCUGUAAACUUGGCUGCGCUCAUAGAGCUGUGAAUUACUUACAAAAUGGAAGACCUCUGAACACAAUCAAAGAUGGCCUCAUAGAGAAGGAUGAGUUUUUCUUUUUCGCUCGUCAUCGGAUAUGGGAAAUUGGAAAAAGAUGCAAAAACUGUGAGAUAGUGGACUACAUGCCAGAGCUUGUUGAUAAGAAAGGUCACUACCUUGGUUACAACCCUGAAACAAACCUCAUGUAUCUCAAUUGUAACAAUCAUUUCAAUACAUUUGGAAAACAACGGAUUCAGCUUGUUUUUGACGAGUUAGCAAAAAAGUUUGCGAUGUUCACAGACGGAUAA